AUGGCCACAACAGUGAAACUCAACACCGGGAGACAAAUGCCCAUCGUGGGACUCGGAACAUGGAAGUCUCCCCAAGGGAAAGUGACCGAGGCUGUAAAAGCUGCCAUCGCCGCUGGAUACAGGCACAUUGAUGGAGCGUUCGUUUACAAGAAUGAGGUGGAGGUGGGCGAGGGUAUCAAUGCCAUGAUUAAGGAGGGUGUGGUCAAGAGAGAGGAACUUUUCAUUGUCAGCAAGUUGUGGUGUACGUUCCAUGAAAAAGCGCGUGUACGAAAAGGCUGUGAGGAGACCCUUCGUGACCUGAAACUGGAUUACCUUGACCUGUAUUUAGUCCACUGGCCGAUGGGUUUUAAGGCAGGUGAUGAUCUCUUUCCACUGGAUGAAGGCGGCAACACCAUUACUGACAACACUACUUUCUUAGAAACCUGGGAGGCUAUGGAGGAGCUUGUUGAUGCCGGCCUGGUCAAAGCCAUAGGCAUUUCCAACUUCAACAAGGAUCAAAUUGAAGCCAUUUUGAACAAACCCGGCCUCAAGUACAAACCUGCGAACAAUCAGGUGGAGUGCCAUCCUUACUUAAACCAAGAAAAACUGAUCGACUUCUGCCACUCAAAGGACAUCUCUGUGACCGCCUACAGCCCCCUGGGAUCUCCUGACCGGCCCUGGGCUAAACCAGAGGACCCCUCUCUGAUGGAGGACCCUAACAUUAAAGCCAUUGCAGAAAAGCACAAGAAAACAUCAGCACAGGUCCUAAUCCGCUUUCACAUUCAAAGAAAUGUCAUCGUCAUCCCAAAGUCGAUCACUCCUCAGAGGAUCCAGGAAAACUUUCAAGUAUUUGACUUUGAACUAAGUCAGGAAGAAAUGAAGACCAUCCUGGGAUUUAACCGCAACUGGAGAGUGUGUCCCAUGCAGUGGAGCACAAAGCACAAAGACUACCCAUUCAAUGCUGAAUUCUGA